CGGGGAUCAUUCUGUUUACCAGUGUAGCUCAAGCGCACAGCUGAGGAGGGUUAGGCAGCAAAGCUCUUGUGUGACUUGCGACUAUUUACCGUUUGAUACUUGUACCCCACACUUGUUUUGGUUGGCGGUGAUUCGUAGUCACAUUCUCUAAGUCUUAACUUCCCUAUGUAUCUAAAUGUCAGUAAAUGGAGAUUGUUUCGCAAAAAGCGGAAAACUUGACCAGUAAUCUAUCGCGCUUUGUAUCUUUAGUGUAAAAUCUCGUUAUUGGGUCAAGAUGCAGUCUAUUUCUAUGUCCGGAAGCUGUCCUUCAGUUAGUGUAUGUGACGCUUGGUCGUGCCCACCCCACCCAUACACCAUGAUGCUCCCGGGCGAGGCCAACUCGCCCAGCUCCUGGUCUACCUCACUUUGGGCUGGCCACAGCACCGAUUUUUGGAGAAAUUGUAACCUGAACGGUCAAUUGAGUAACGGCAGACGUGGGCAUGGCAGGAUCAGCUGCAGCAGUACGGGCAGCAGUAGCAGUUAUGAAGACAUGAGUUGUGAUGACAUAGACGACAACAACAAUAGCAGCAGCGGCGGGGAUCAGCUGGUAGGGGGCCUCACUGGCUCAGCCGCCACCAUUAUCUGUGGUCAAGAUGCCAACAACAAUGACGGGAAUACAAUUAACAACAACAACAACGAGGAAGACAUCAGUUACAACAAUACUGGAAGUACAAAGGGGAAGGGUUGGACGAAAAGUGUGACACCUCGGACAAGAGUGGUGGACGAGGACGGCUACAUCAGGAGGGCUGCGUGUGUUUGUCUGGAUGAAACCGAGACCAAGGUACUUCUAGUGUCAAGUAAGAAGGACCCGGGCUUGUGGCUGGUGCCUGGAGGAGGCGUGGAGGAUGGGGAGGACACGUCAACAGCGGCUGUGAGGGAGGCAUGGGAGGAGGCGGGUGUUCGAGGUCACAUCACCAGAUAUCUGGGACUAUUUGAGACGCAGCACCACACUGGGAGGAAGCGACACAGGACAGCAGUGUUUGUGGUGACGGUGAAGCAGGUGCUUCCCCAGUACCCGGAGUCCCAUCUUGGUCGACGGCGUGAGUGGUUCUCCCUGGAGGAGGCGCUGCUGCAUUUGUCCCGGAACCGUCCCCUGCAGAGCGCUUACCUGCAACUGCUGCUUGUUUCCCGCCUGAAGGUGCUGUCUGCCUGAAUUAUCACUUCAUCUUGUUGGAUGUUGCGGGGGGGGGGGACUUCUAUCGUCUUGUGAGGUUCUUCUCACCAAGGCAAGCAAAGCAUGACAAGAAUGAAGAUCUUGGAUAUCUUUUGGGCAAAAGGACAUGAUGAAAAAGAGACUUGGAAACAGUGUAAAACAGUAAUUAAGAAAAAAAACCCAGAAACUACAGAAUUAUUUAACUCAAAGCUUCAUACUGUACUUGGACAAGGAAGAGGAUUUAGCAUUUUUGAACUUAUUAUUUAAUUUCUUUAAAAAAAUAAUUGGUUGUGUACUGCACUAAAAAUAAUGAUGUCUGCAUCGUAUGUGGUGGAAACAAGGAGUCAAGGAUGUUGAUACAAUCUAUAUUUCUUGGGGCAAGAAGAGUGCAGGUGGCCAGGACUGUAACUUUUGUCAUACUGGUAUUUUUCUUUAAUCUCAGAAAAAAAAAUAUUCUAAGGACAGUGAUACAGUACUUGGAAAUUAAGAGAAAAGUGAGAUGUCAGGAAAAAUGACCAAAUAAACUGAGUAACCUCAAUAAUGGAGACCUGUAAACUAUGAAAUAACAUUCAGUAGCUGGGAUAAAUCCGGUGGUGGCAGUGGUGGGUAGUGCUCACUGUUGCACAUUCAACCAUGUUAUCCUUACACAACAUCGUCACCAGCCGAGGCGAUUGUUCUGAGGCAAAUUUUGUGUCAGAACAACCAAGGUUGUUGGGCGGCUGGUGCACGGUGUGGGUUGUUGCUUGUUGUGACGAUGAGUUAUUACCACUGAUUAUCUCAUGUCUUACAACUCUUUAUGUGAUGGAAAGAAAAAAAUAAAGUUAAUAUUGUGACAAAAUAUUAGAAAAAUAAUCAAACAGACGAUGUGUGCAGAUGAGAUUAAAACUGAUAUGAAAACUGAUUUUAGAAAACAAUAACUAAACGCAACAUCACUUGUAUUACACCCAGGAAAAUCCGUUCUAUUUUUGCACUGUGAAAAAAAUGAGAAAAAAAAAUGUCUCAGUGUUGGUGGUAAAACUAUUAGUAUAAAUUAUCAAUAGUAGAUGAUGUCAGUUAAGAAUACAAAAUUAAGGCAACACCGAUGAAAACUAUUACUGUAGCAGUCAUCCUCAAUGAUUCCAUAAUACAGUACUGGGUCACUUAAGUUGUGAUCACAGCUCUCUCAACCCCUAGUGUACGGGUUGCCUCUGAGCUGAAUAAAAUCAUCAGGAGUUAGCCAAGUACAAUGUUAGAAGUGGUGUCCCCAUAGUGAAGGGUUUAAGGAGAUAAAUAGUAUAUAAAGAGGUACCGUACUAUUUUCUGUUUAAAAAAAAUAAUAAAAAAUAGUUGAAUAUGAAAUAUGUAUGAAGACACAAUAUUGAGUGUACACUGAGAUGAAAGUACAAAUAACACAAACUUGUAGAGUAUUGUUCAGGACUGUUACUUGUCGUCAUCUGUACUGUAUGUGUCUGUGUCAUAGUCUCCGAGAUGCUACCAGGUAAUUAUCUGACUAUAUUCAGUUUUAUCGCUUGAAAUAAGAUUUCCUUUUAUUUACACUUUCUUUGGGUACAGUAUUAGCUAUUGUCAAAUUGAAUUACCAAAAGCCAGAUGUUAUUUUCCCAAGAAUUGUGUUGGAGAGUAAUUAUAAUUGUUCCCUGAGAAAAGAAACCUUUCAUUGUAUAAUGUAUUUUUGUCUCUGAUAAUUUUCUUAUAAAACAAGAUCAUAUUAUCUUAAAUACUCUGGUAAUCAAAGGAAAGGAAUAAGUCUUAUUAUAGUACAAGUACAUACUAAAUUCUCACUGUACGAGGUUUAUUAUACUGUAAGAACCGCUAAACACCCCACGUCUCCCUGAGCUGUACUGUACUGUACCUAGUUCUGGUUCAUCAUGUCCUCCUGUCAAUCAGGUGUCACACUACAUAAUUCCUUAGAUGUUUGUCGUCUGUGGCGUUCUCUCUGUUCAUCACCAUUUUUAAGAAGAUUGUAAAGUCUUGAAAAUGUUGGAAAGAGGAUUUUAUUAUUCUUUUUAGAGAAUUUGUGGUCAUGAGUAUUAACACGUUUAGUGCAGUUUAUAAAUAAUAAUAACACCAGGCUCUAAAUGGAUAUAGAGCUUGACAGUUAAUGUAGGAAAAAUAUAAAUAAUUUUUUUUUAUGAAAUGUGACCCAUAAUCAGUGCCUAUUUUCUCAACAUUUUAUAAGAGUUCUUAUUUUAAAACUUUAUCAUUAAUUAUCUUUGUUUACAUGGCGUCAUACCAGGGUAAAUAAAAAAAAAAAAUGAAUGUUAAGUAAAUUUUAGCUGAAAGUGAAAGCUAAUCAUGAAACUCAUAUCAAUAAUUACUGUACUGUCUUGGAAAUGUGUUCAUAUCAUAUUUAUUAGUUACGUCUUUAAAUAAUCUUCCACAAGAAACUCUACAGUGUAUUCCUCCGUUGUAUGUCAGGUGUUUACAUUAUUAUAAGAUACAAUGUGUAGAAACUUCAUAAGAAAUAGCUGCAUCUAUUUCCCAUACAUAUACUGUACCGUUGUUUAUCCAGUAAUCUAUUCAGUGAUUCAUCUUUAUUUCUCAUAUCCACAACACAUUACACAUCAUCCUUCUCAUUAAAUGUCAUUUCUCUAUUUUGUAAUAAAUUUAAUAGUUGGUAUCAAUACAAAAAUUAAAAAAAAAGUACAGGAAAUCUUACUCUUGGUGUUAAGGCAAACGUUGUACUGUAUAUCUUACAAGUAAUAUGUACAGUACAGGUAGUGUAUCAAUUAUUUGGCAAGCUUUAUGACUGUAAACGAACCCAAUUUGGGGAUUUCCCAAAUUUGUUAUUAGAUCUAAAAUAUACAAAUACGGUAAUAUAAACCCUCUCGCUGGCCAGUGCUGCAGGUUGUACUGCUAAACAAGGCUCUUCUCAAACAUAAGCAUAUGGAUGUUGUUGUUUCUGCAGGUGUAUCAAAACAAAUAAAGUUAAAAUCCAACUUUGGAUAAUGCAGCUGUUGUUGUGACAAGUGGGUGAGAUUUGGAUGAAGCAACUUGCACCAUUGGCCAAGGUGAGUCUUGUCCAACUGACGAUAAUACGAAGGGUUGAAUAAAGUAAGGGAAAACAUUUUGAAGAUUAGAAGAGGCAGUCUCCGGGUGUGUGUGUGCGUGUGUGUGUGUGUGGUGUUCUCCAGGUGUUAUAGAAUUUGUCCGUGUGUCUGUUUAAAAUGGCUGGAGUUUGGAGACAGAUAAUGAUCGAUACACUACCUAAAAGAAGCAAUACUGUAUAUACAAAGUGGUGUUAGUUACCAAGGCCACCUGAUGUAGUGUGGCCACACAAGCUACGCUCUGUGCAGUAUCUGCCUGUAUAUAUUUACAACCAUUUUAAUAUAAAGUUAUUAAUUAUA